AAACCCAAUACAAUUUCAUUUUCCUCUUCCUCUCUCUGCUCUUUGCUCUCUCUCGUACCAGGUCUCUCCCUCCGCCUCUCUCUCGUACACACACGCGUCCGGAACCCUAAGAGAGAGAAAAAGAGGGAGAGAGGAACUGUACCAGACCAGAGAGCAUGGCGCAGGCAACCAACGGCGGUGAUAUGACCACGCAGCAGCCGCAGCCGCAGCCGCAGCAGCAGCAUCAACAGCAGUGGAUGCAAUCGCAGCAGCAGCAAUGGAUGGCCAUGCAAUACCCGGCAGCGGCUAUGGCCCUGAUGCAGCAGCAGCAGCAGCAGAUGAUGAUGUAUAAUUACAUGCCCUACGCUCAUCCCCAUCAUCAACCUCAUCCUCAUCAUUAUCAGCAGCAACACCAGCCGCAAGCUCAAAUACAGCAUCAGAAGCAUCAGCAACAGCAACAGCAACAGCAGCAGCUGGGGUCCGCCGACGAGGUCAAGACGAUCUGGAUCGGUGACCUCCACCAUUGGAUGGACGAGUCUUACCUCCACAACUGCUUUGCUCACACUGGCGAGGUAUUCUCAGUAAAGGUUAUACGCAAUAAGCAGACUGGCCAAUCAGAGGGAUAUGGUUUUGUUGAGUUCUAUUCUCAUUCAACCGCUGAGAAAGUUUUGCAGAGCUAUAAUGGUGCUGUGAUGCCAAAUACAGAGCAGCCCUUCCGUCUAAAUUGGGCGACCUUUAGUGCGGGUGAUAAACGAUCAGAUGUUGGUUCUGAUCUGUCCAUAUUUGUGGGGGAUUUGGCAGCAGAUGUAACUGAUGCCAUGUUGCAGGAAACCUUUGAUAGUAGAUAUCCAUCUGUUAAAGGAGCAAAGGUGGUUAUUGAUUCAAAUACAGGUCGAUCAAAAGGUUAUGGAUUUGUUAGGUUUGGUGAUGAAAGUGAGAGGUCAAGGGCUAUUACUGAAAUGAAUGGCAUGUAUUGUUCAAGUAGGCCCAUGCGCUUAGGUGUUGACCCCAAGAAAUCAUCUGGAUACCAACAGCAGUAUUCUUCCCAAGCUUUGGUGCUGGCUGGUGGGCAUGCAUCAAAUGGUGCUGUCACCCAAGGUUCCCAAUCUGAUGGCGAGUCAAAUAACACUACUAUAUUUGUUGGAGGGCUUGACUCUGAUGUCAGUGAUGAAGAUCUUAGACAGCCAUUUUCCCAAUUUGGUGAGAUUGUCUCUGUGAAAAUUCCUGUUGGGAAAGGAUGUGGAUUUGUGCAAUUUGCUAACAGAAAGAAUGCCGAGGAUGCAAUAGAAAGUUUGAGUGGGACAGUCAUUGGCAAGCAAACAGUUCGUCUUUCUUGGGGCCGCAGUCCAGCAGGCAAGCAGUGGAGAGCAGAUUCUAGUAACCAGUGGAAUGGGAGUCAUAACAGAGGGCAAGGCUAUGGUGGGUAUGGAUAUGCUGUACCACAGAAUCAGGGUCUAAGCAUGUAUGCUACAGCCGCAGUUCACGGAGCUUCAUGAUGUGGGUAUAGCUACCAUUAUCAACAGCAGGGAUUCUGAAUUUACAGGAGUGGCUUUGUUAAUUUAGUUAUCAAAGACAUGAUUGAAGUAGGAUGGCUUUAGCUGCACUUUUGUGGCUGGAUUAAAUUUUGAUAUAUUGCUCUUGUUUUAAGAUUGUAUAAUACUUACUUAUUUGCAACUUUGGGUCUUAGUGGAAGGUCUUGAUGGAUGA